CACCGUAGUGUCUGCUCAAAACACUAGAUUUAGAUGUUUUCUAGCUCGGAGACCAGAAUCACAGAGAUGGAGAGAAGACAUGAGUUCCUGUGUGGUGUGGUCGAGGGUUUCUAUGGACGACCAUGGUCCAUGGAGCAGAGGAAGGUGUUGUUUCAGUGGAUGCAGAAAUGGGGGCUGAAUACAUACCUUUAUGGUCCUAAAGAUGACCUGAAGCAUCGACUGCUGUGGAGAGAGGUGUACUCCUCAGAGGAGGAAGCCCAGUUAAAAGCUCUGGUGUAUGAGGCUGAGUCAAGAGGCUUAAGGUUCAUCUAUGCUCUGUCUCCCGGUCAGGACAUUGUCUUCUCCAGUUCCUCUGACCUAACGCUGCUCAGGCGCAAACUCCGACAGGUGGCAGAUCUGGGCUGCCAGGCAUUUGCCAUCCUGUUCGACGACAUUGACCAGUCCAUGUGCCAGGCUGAUACAGAGGUUUUCUCCUCAUUUGCUCAUGCUCAGGUGUCUGUGACUAAUGAGAUCUUCCGUUUCCUGGGAGAGCCACCUGUCUUCCUGUUUUGUCCCACUGAGUACUGUAGCUCGCUCUGCUCUCCCAGCGUGUCCAAGUCUCAGUAUUUGCUAACAGUGGGUGAGGACCUGCUGCCUGGUAUUUCAGUCAUCUGGACAGGGAACAAGGUGAUCUCACGAGAGCUGAGCACUGAUUCUCUGCUGGAGGUAGAGGCAGUUCUACAGCGUCCACCUUUGCUGUGGGACAAUCUUCACGCGAAUGAUUACGAUUCACGACGUGUCUUCUUGGGGCCUUUCAAAGGGCGUCCAUCUGGCCUACAGUCUCAUCUCAGGGGUCUGCUGCUAAACCCCAACUGUGAAUUUGAAGCUAACUACAUCCCCCUUCAUACACUGGGGACCUGGCACAAAGCAGGGAAGGAAACGAGUAAAGGUGAAGGUCAGUACUGUCCACAGCGAGCUCUUUCAGCAGCACUGAAGGACUGGAUGACUGACUUGAAUCAGCCUUUACAGCCUGGACGGCAGAACAGGCCGACAGAUCAAAAGCUGUCUGCUCCCCUCUCCAAAUCAUCUGAGAGCUUAGACAAUCAGCAUGGAGCUCAGUCCAAACCUCCAUUUGCUGCAGAAGCUUUGGCUCUUUCAUCCAACCCUGGGCUGAAGCCCUCAGCUGAGACUCAGCAUGAGGAGCGAGCCUCAGGAAAAGGCUUAUGUCCUGGCAAAUCUCCACUAAGUGAGGCUCAGGUGCGACUGCUGGUGGGACUGUACUACCUGCCUUAUGAGCAUGGACCACCGGCUCAGAAACUUCUACAGGAGCUCACCUGGCUCAAAACCCACAGCCAUUACGUCAGCGUCAACGGCAGCAGCAAGAAGACGCAACCUCAGAAGGUGGAGGAGUGGCGGGUGCGGGCUGGCAGGUUUCUGGCUGCAUGUGAUGAGAUCACAGCUCUGCAUGGAGGUGUGGUGAACAGUGUGAACAGGGCUAUGCUCUACGAUAUUUAUCCCUAUGUGUGGGACCUGCGAAACACAUUGCUCGUUGCCAAGGCCUUCAUCAGCUGGCUGGAGGGCCGUGUGAUGAGUGAAAGUUCCUCCCUGGGUUCCUGGAAGAACUGCUUCCACUGGUGUGGAGCCUCGUCAGGGGCAGAGCUUCUUGGGGUAGAGGCCGAACCCUGGGUAUUUAAAGGAGGGCUGUCAGGGGAAGUACAGAUGCUUCUGCCUGUGGGUACAAACAGUGAGCUGUUCAGCCAUCCUCCUCCUCUUUUCCCUACUUCUCGCCUUUACAACAUCCGUCCCUUCCAAAACAAAGACAAGGUGGAGCUGUAUCACAUGGUGCGUCAGUUGUAUCAGAAGACUAGAGGCAUCCAGGAGUCGACUGUGGUUCAUCCAGACGUCAUCGGUGACAGGUACCUGGGUGCGUGUCUGGCUCUGUGCCCAGAGUACAGUUUUGUUUUGGAAGAUGAGCUUGGUGUGUGUGGGUGUGUUGCUGGCGUUGUGGAUGUACGAUCUUUUACCAAGCGGUGCCAGGCCACCUGGCUGCCUGCUAUGAGAGACAAAUACCCCACACGUCCACAUGGAGCCAAUGGACAUGCUGCCCAAAAGGAGGCACUGCUGAGUUUGCACGAGGAGCAGGAUUACCCAGACUCCCUGCUGUAUCACUUCCCCUCUCAGCUCAGACUUGAGGCGCUUCCUGAACUGGUGGAUUGCAGUGUCAGCAGAAGUCUCCUUACAUCCCUGCUCGCGGCACUCAAAGCCAACGGUUCUCAGGGUGUGUUUUGUGAGGUGCAACCCACUGACCGGUUAAAGCUGGAGUUCCUCACUAAGCUGGGAUUUCUGGAGAUUGUUAGGGGGGAGACACACUCCACGGAGGGGUUGAUUUUGGGCCGGCUGCUUUAGGGCCUUAGAGCUCUCAAUCAGUUACAAUUUUGGUGGUAAGAUUUAACUGAAGGGUUGUCACAAAGCUAGUCCACAUUUCAGUACUGUUUUAACACCUCACAUUCUUU